GUCCAUGUGAAAACAAUGGGACAUGUGCAGAAAACAGUUCUGCUAGAAAUGGAUUCAAAUGCACUUGUUUGAACGGGUUUUCUGGAGAAACAUGUGAAUUUGAGCCAUGUGAUAGUAAUAUAUGUGAAAAUAAUUCAACAUGUGAAACAGACAUAGCAGCUGAUGAUGGUUAUACUUGUUCGUGUAUUAAUGGCUUCAAUGGUACUUACUGUGAGAAUGAGCCAUGUGAAAGUAAUAUAUGUGAAAAUAAUUCAACAUGUGAAACAGACAUAGCAGCUGAUGAUGGUUAUACUUGCUCGUGUCCUAAUGGCUUCAGUGGGACUUACUGUGAGAUUGAACCAUGUGAUAAUAAUUUAUGUGACAACAAUUCAACGUGUGAAACAGACAUAGCAGCUGAUGAUGGUUAUACUUGCUCGUGUCCUAAUGGCUUCAGUGGGACUUACUGUGAGAUUGAACCAUGUGAUAAUAAUUUAUGUGACAACAAUUCAACGUGUGAAACAGACAUAGCAGCUGAUGAUGGUUAUACUUGCUCGUGUCCUAAUGGCUUCAGUGGGACUUACUGUGAGAUUGAACCAUGUGAUAAUAAUUUAUGUGACAACAAUUCAACCUGUGAAACAGACAUAGCAGCUGAUGAUGGUUAUACUUGCUUGUGUCCUAAUGGCUUCAAUGGGACUUACUGUGAGAUUGAACCAUGUGAUAAUAAUUUAUGUGACAACAAUUCAACGUGUGAAACAGACAUAGCAGCUGAUGAUGGUUAUACUUGCUUGUGUCCUAAUGGCUUCAGUGGGACUUACUGUGAGAUUGAACCAUGUGAUAAUAAUUUAUGUGACAACAAUUCAACGUGUGAAACAGACAUAGCAGCUGAUGAUGG